UGUCUCUCUUCUCCUUUUCCUCUUACCUCUUAUAACGAAAAGCUGGAGCGACGGGCUGGUCAUCGAUAUGCCCUGUACUCGACAAGCGUCGCCGAAUUUAGCCCCGCCUCCUGGAGCUAGCGUCGAUGGGGCCGCCCAAGGUUGGACUGUUGACGGAAUGGGAGACAGACGCAAUCAUGACUGGGAGGAGAUGUGUGAAGUUCAGGCAUCGAUCUCUUCACAAGUAGGUUCUCCUGUGGGCGCAUGUUCAGGUCGAAGACGUAAACAAUCCGUCUUGCACACGACAGACGAUGCGUCACUAUGUACUAAACCGAUGCAGUCAAGUUUACCGCGGAUCUACCUCCCAUCAGCAUCCACUCUUGCGAGCGUCCUGGCGCUCCUUAGCCUUCCCGAGCUUGCGCUCGCCGCGCCGCUGCAGAAACGAGACGGAAGCGAUGCGAUCAAAAUCGUCGUCCCUGUCGUCGUUGUAGUGGCGAUAAUUGGCCUCAUCAUCAUCAUGACAUGCAUGCGCCGCGGGUGGCAUAUGAACAUGGCGAGGUGGACUAGCCAUGCUGCAAACUCAUUUGGGCCAAGUACCACCACUUCCGAUAACAAUGGCACGCGGGAGCUCACGGCGCGGCAGCUCGUUGGAGGGGCGGUAGACGUCGCGGGAGACGACGACGCGCCCGCGCGCAGAAGGCGGAGCAGGCGUGCCAAUAGACGCACGAGCCAGGUCUCGACGCAUUCUCUUCCCAUGUACAUGAAGGAACCGGGCGAUCGUGAGGUCGUCAUCUUCCGCGGCCCGGAGGACUUGAUGGAGGAGCCACCGACGACGCAUGUCGUUAUGCCGUCCGUCGCCGAGACUGCCGAGACCGCGGACAGCCCAGACCCGUCUGUCGACAUGUCUCGUGUUCAGAGCCGCGACUACGCAGAGAUGCCGGAGAGCCCGCACGACAUGCCGUUGCUCUCUGGGGACGACUCGCGGGCGGACAUGAGCCCCGCCAUAGGUCCCGAUAUGGAUAACUCGCGCGCGCGCCUUAUCAACAUGACCCCGCGUACGGAUGGCUCCAGGCCGAGCAUAGACACGCUUCCGACCACGGAGGAGAACGCGUCGAGCCAUCCCAACCCGCAGACACCCGAUCCGCGCGGCCAGGCUCCGCCGUACUUUGAGGUUGUGGCCCUUGAUGACAUGAGUCCAGCCGCUACCCCAGAAAUACCACCGCAGACGCCUGAACCUCCUGCGGAGCCGGUAGAGAGUACGAGGAGAAGGUCCGGAAUAUUCGGCUUGUUCCACAGUCGACACCCGAGCAGGCCGCACGUUGCCCCCACUGAACUCGCCCCCAGCGUGAGCCAUAGACGUAACGGCUCUGCCGGCUCCAACAUCUCAACGCCGACCGUCCCUCGCCCACGAAGCCGUGCUCACUCGCGCGCUGGCACGCAUCGGCCCUCGCAAUCCGGAUCUGGUUUCAGCAUGAUGUCGCGUUCGCGUUCGCGCCUGCUUGAAUCACCUCACUUGACCUCGCCUUCCAUGAUCUCUGUCAACUCUAUCUCUGCGCCACUCACGCAUACCACCGUCCGCACUGAGUUUACGUACCCGCGGUCGGGCCCUACCGCUGACCAGAUCAAGCUCAUUGCGUCCCGGGACUCGUUCGCCCGCUUUGGUGUGCCGUACGGCGAAGACGCGAUUGCAUUCCAUGCGAGUACGUCAAGAAUGGACCUGCCGCCCGACUUUGAGGAGAUCACGGGACCGUCGCGGUCGCCGAUCUUGGACGGGAACGACACGACGGUGGUGGAAGAAGAAGCUGCCGAGGGCAGUGCCCACGAAGAGGAGCAUACGCAGCAACAAAGCAGUCCACUAGCGAGCGAACCCGUGAACGCCACCGAGCCGUCUGAGUUGGCGUCACCCGUCGCCGCCGUUGCUACUGACGGUGCUAAACCCGAAAACAACUCCGAGACUGUCCAGUCUCCCGCGACACUCGCACCUCCGCCGGGCUUGGGUAGCGCCAGCACAGAGGCUUCGGCGUCUAAUCAAGCGAAGGCCAAGACGCCGCCGCUAGCGAUCCGUCCGCCCUCCCGCGCGAGUUCGUUGAACUCUUUCGCGACCGCAGACGAGUCCAUACACUCUGCUGCGACCGCAUCUCCGACACCUUUUGCCUCCACAUCCUCCAAAGCGUCCAUCUCAAGGCUGCAGCUACCCGCAGAGGGCGCUGCGACAUCCUCGACGGCAACGCUCUCAACGGCAGCACCCUCGACGAUUUCUUCUUCAUCGACGCCGCGGAUACCUACAGCCAGUCUCCACGAAAAUCCUGACACGACCAGCGCGACGCUGUCGCCGACGACUCCGAUGACGGCCCUCACAGAUGUGGGGCGUGCCCUCUAAUUUGUUUAUAUGUUAUGUCUCCAUAUCUGACGUGGACUACGUAUCUCAUGACCGUGAUUAGCACUAGCGCGACGUGCCGCUCGUCGCAUAGUACUCUGGUUCUGGUUUACCCUGCUCGAAUUUUUUUACGCUCUCAUCUAUCUCAUUUACGCAUGUUCUGGGCCGCUUUCAUCUCCCUAGGAACCCUCUGUAAUUGUAUUUGCUACGUCCAUCUGUGCACGUUCAGGUUCCAGUCUGGAUCAUCUACACUGUGGGACUCCCACGCCUGUUGGCUGCGCUACUUACAUGUACAGUCGCCUUCGUAAUGUAAUAGAACAACCAAUAACAUGCUUUUGCGC